CAUGACUUGAAUAUGCGGGGCUGCCGUCUCCUCUCGGUUGAACAGAAACAGAGGAGAGCCUGUUGACAGGGGCAGGACUCUGGAAAAUAUCGUGGGAGUUGCAGAAUUUUAAGGGGGUGACGGGACAGAAGUGAUGCAGGGACCUAUAAGCAGUGCUUUAAGUCUGGAGAUGCGCUGCGGAAGCUGUUGUUGUUGAUGAUGCUGUCUUGACGUAUCGGGAGCGAGACUGAUGACAGCUGACAGACGCGCCGAAGUUCAAGGCCGAACAAGUGCCAGGGAUUUCAGAGCUGUGCAGGUUGCAGGAUGGAUGGCGACGCACAUAGCCGACCGCCUGAACGAAGGAGAUCAUUGAAAAGCAAAGCAGCUCCUCGUCCUCCUGUCCUGAAAGGUCUGGAUGCUCCACCGCUGAGCCACACGCUCCCAGCGUACCCUCAGCCUGCCAUGGAGCAGAAGGAGAACCUGCUGGAGCAGGACCUGACCCUCACUGUGGUCCUUCCUGAAGGGCUGGAGAAGACUGUGGUCGUCCAUGGCAGCAAGCCCAUGAUGGACCUGCUGGUCAUGCUUUGUGCAAAGUACCACCUGAACCCGUCUGGCCACACCAUAGAGCUCAUCACCACCAACAGGAACCAAGUGAAGUUCAAACCCAACGCCCUCAUCGGAGCCCUAGAGGCUGAGAAGAUCCUGCUAAAACCCAAAGGCAUGGAGGACAAAAACAUCAAGACAGGGCCGCAGAUGCCCGAGGCAACCGUACGAUUAGUGAUCAACUACAAGAAGACCCAGAAAGCCAUUCUCAGGGUGAGUCCUCGGGUUCCUCUUCAAGAACUACUUCCAGCGAUCUGCGAGAAAUGUGAAUUUGACCUGCAGACCACAGUUUUAUUAAGAAAUGUCCACUCAGAAGACACUUUGGACCUGAGUGGCUCGCUCAAUGAUUUUGGCCUGAGGGAAGUGUAUGCAAGAGACACCAAAGUUAUAAGCCCUGUAAGUCCUUUUAGUCCAGUAAGUCUGCCUCCAUCUCCAUCUGGCUCAGAAAUAUAUCUUCAUGGGAAAGAGAAAAUCCAGAGGGAGAAAGAAAAGAAACGAUUCAGCUUAUUUAGGAAAGGAAGUAAGAAGCAAUCCGAAAAGUAUAUGACCGUGAGUGCACCGGGGUCUCCCGUGCAAAGGAAGCAGAGGCCGGUCAGCAUGAGUUCCUUCAGCAUGCAUUCGCCGAUUACAUACGAUUGCAAUACCAUGCCCUCCAACAUGCCAAAGAAGAGACGAGCUCCGUUGCCACCGAGCAUGAUGUCACAGAGCAUGCCUACCGAUCUCGGUCAUCACCACUGCAAUAGUCAAACCAUCACGCAUCACGAUGGCAACCAGAAUAUGGCUCCUUUGAGCCGGGGAUCCUCGACAGAGUCGUCCUUCAAGAAGUCCACCAAGCGAAAGGCCCCUCCGCCCCCCACCUCCAGCAGCGCAGCCCCUCUUAAAGAAACCACACAAGAUAAAGACAUGACAGAACCAGUGUUGGCAUCUCCUCUGGAGGAGAUCAGGGAACAGGAAGAGAUGACUGUGAGUGCCGAAGGUCAGGUGUCUGCUGUGGAGGAGAAGGAGGAUGAAGACAGCAGCCUCAACCUGUCCGCUGACAUCUCUCUGGAGUCCGGCCGAGCUGGGACAGCAACUCCCUCUCAGGAUUCAGAGGUUAAGGAGAGCGAGAUGGCCAGAGACAAUCCGUCAUGUGACCUGUCCCCAGAUACUGACCUUGACAGUGGAGCAGAAGCCACAGUGAAUGGAGAGAUCAAGUCGGAGCAGGCCACAAGCUCUCAAAUCCCAUCAGAAGACAUAGAGCCCCCGGUGGAAAAGACAGAAGAGGUGAUUAAGUCUUCGGAAACGUGCCGUGUUCUGGAGGAGGUUUCUGUGAGCACCGCAGAGAAGCCUGCAUCUGUGUGCAACAAGCUUCAAUCCUCCGAAUGUGGCAUCCAGACGUUGCACACGGACUUGCAAGCGCAGGGCUUUGAUUCCAACACGGAGCUCAGCCGUGAACACCAAACACCAAAAAUCGUCCCAAGUUCGGUCCGCUUCGCUCACACCGAGACGCAAAUGCAGACAGAACCCCAGAAUCCCUUUGAGACAUCAGGCUCAUGCACUGAACCCUCCACAGCUCCAUCAGCGUCCACAACGGGACUAAAAAGAGACAUGGCCACUUCCACAGAAAAGCUGCGUGUUCCUAAGCCACAUUCGCCUGCGAUCCAUGCAGAUCUGACAUCUACACCAACCUCUAAAGCAAGUAACGUACAGUAUAUUGUAGAAACCAAACCCAAACCAUCCAAUGAGCUCACCCGUGAAUACAUUCCCAAAGUAGGCAUGACCACCUACACCAUCGUGCCUCAGAAGUCUCUCGAAAAGUUGCGCUUCUUUGAAGUAGAGUUGACUUUGGAGCCCAAUUUAGACUUCAGACCUGAAACAAAGACUGUCUCCAGUGGUACAGUUUCUGUUAACGGCCAUCAGAACGUAUUUGAGCAAACUAGGCCUUGUACUUCACCUCCAGCUACCGUUUCAUCAAACGUAGAAGGAACUGAAUCCAAAAUCAAAAACAAGAAAGUUCCACCUGCAACAAGACCCAAACCAGCUUCUUUCCGUCUGCCGAAGCACAAACGCACACCUGGGGAUUUCGUCGCCUCCGCGGCUGUUCGCCAAGCGAGUGUCGGCAGUAAUAGCAGCAGUUGCUGUAGCAGUCCUGCAGCCCGGCCGAAAGAAACCACAAGCAGCCCGCAAUCAGAUGUGUUUGCAGAACUGGACGGCUUCCCUCCUCCACCGCCACCGGUCCAGUGGGAAGAUGAGGAGAACGCAGGAGCGAGUGAUGCACCUCAAAAUGCAGAGGUAGAUGUACCUCUACCCGAAGCUCCCAAAUUCCCACCGUCGUCUGUACUGUCCCGUCAGAAGAGUCUUCCCAUCAACCCCACGCCUUCGCUGAGUCUACAGAGGUUGAGAAGCUUCAACGCACCCAAACCGCACUCGUCCUCAUUGUCCUUGCGCUUCGCUCAAGCCGUGUCUUCUGCCGUGAAACGGUCCGAGUCUCUUUCCCAUCAUCCUCUGAGACAGUCACCACGCACUCAUCUCCUCACAAAACAAAGAUCUGUUACAGAUUCCCCUGAGCCAUCGGCCAGCACGGUGACAGACAAUGGAGGGGGAUGCUCUGAGAGAUCCGGAGAGGCCCUGUCACAAACAGCAGGCCUCAGCGACCCAGCGCCGAGCUCCACCCGAGACAGAGGCAUGGGAACAUGUAAGAUUGGAAAUACUCAACCGUCACCAGGGUUUGAAGCAUCUGUAGCGCCAUCUGCCACAUUGAAGGGAAUAUCUGAAGUCUUUCAUUCAGUGGAAGAAUGAAAUGUGCCUUCAUUGAAGGAAUUCCAGCCUCACUCAUUCUCCAGAUUAUUAUUAUUAUUUAUUUUAUUUCAUUUUUUUGCCAAAUUUAGAACAUCAUGAUUUUUCGUUUUCUCACAAAUCAAAAGACUUUCAACAUUUUUUCAACAAGUUCAUAGUGACCAUGCAACAUAUUUAAAUAUAAAAGAUAUAUAUAUAUAUAUUGACUUUUUUGGAGGACUAUUAUUAGAUUUGGCUUUUUCUGAUGUGUAGCAGAUACAUAGAGACUAACUACAGCUGUGGAUUCCUUUUAAUUUAUUCUUCAUUUGGACAAUUCCUGGUAGUUGUUUCCCUUCAUGCUACACUUUUUUUCCCCUCUUAAUAAUUGUAACAGAGUUCCUAUUUACAUUAUCAUACUUUAAUAUUUUCGGGUUGUUUUGUGACUUUUGAAUUACAUUUUGAAAUUUGUAUAUAUGCAGAUGUGAAAGAAUAUGAUCUAUUCCAAAGUAUUUUUCCCCCUAUAAAUUAUAAGGUGUAGAUUUAAUUUAUAUAAUUAUUAGCCAAUGAAAAAUGGUACUGAAACAUCUUCAGUAAUGGUAAUCCAUCCUUUAUUCUCUUGCCAAAUAUUAGUACACAGUUUAUCACAGAUAAUAAUGGGCUGCACCUAUAAUAUGUUAAAAUAAUACGUUAUGACAUCGAGCAGGUUUCUGGAGCCUACACAAAUAAUUAAUCAAAGCUGUAGUUAUGACAGAAAACACUGGGCUUUUCAUUCAUUCUGAGGAGAAUACUGCUGUAUUAUAUGAAUUGUCUCUGUAUGAACUCAACUCCUCUCUUUUCUCUAUUAAAGACUUUUAAAGUUUGCUUGC